GCCCUGUGAUUUUAGUCAAAAUAAACGAAGCAAACACGACACCGACACAACAAAUACGAAAUAUUGGUAAAUUUUCAAAUUUUAUGUCUUCAUAAACACAGGACAUGGAGAACUUUGAUUUGGUCAUGGAGCAGAUUGGUUUCGGGAGGGUUCAUCUGUUUGCCACUGUGACGCUUGGUCUCCUGCAGAUGCUCACCAUCCAAGAAACCAUGGGCAUGGGUACCAUAGGACCUGCCGCUGUCUGCGAUCUGCACAUGAAUCAGGCGCAGUUGGCCUCGCUAACGGCGGCUGGCUUUAUGGGCAUCAUAUGCUCCUCCUACUUCUGGGGCUACAUAACAGACAAGAAAGGUCGGCGUUGGACCCUGUUGCGUACCAUUGUUCUAAGCAAUGUGUGUUCGCUCGCUUCCAUGUUCUGCAUCAGCUCCACGGGCUUCUUUGUGAUGCGCUUCGUCACAUGUAUUUUUGUGGCCGGUCCGAGUUUCGUGGCAGCCACCUACCUGAGUGAAUUCUGCUCGCAACGGAUUCUGGUCCGUACCAUCACACACAUGUACAUGUUCACCGGCUUCGCCAUGAUCUCCUGCCCAGCUUGGGCCACGCUCUUCCUGAGUCAGGAUUUCAUUCAAUUUGAGGUCGAGUUGGUCGGUGACCUGACGCUGAGACCUUGGCGCGUUUUAGGCUGGAUAUACAUUCUGCCCGGAGUGGUGGCUUUUUUCCUGCUGCUCCACUUGCCGGAGAGCCCCAAGUUCCUGAUGAUGAUUGGCGAAACACAGAAGGGGUUGGCUACCAUGGAAUGGAUAUCCAAGAAGAAUACUGGGCACGGCCUUACCGAAGACCAGAUACGACACAUGAUCGCCUACGAAGAUCAUGUCCGGGUGAGGCGGCGCAAGAGCAAACAGAACAUCCUGCGCUCAAUGCUCGACGAUGCAAUGCCCCUGUUCCGGAAACCCUUUAUCGGCUAUUUUCUUUGCGUCUGCUUCGUCAUGUUCGUCCUGGGUCUAUUGUCUAAUGGCCUGGGCAUUUGGUUCACAGCCAUGAGGAAUCGUUACAACAUGCGGCAGGGCAACACGAAGGGCAUGACCUUCUGCAGAGUACUCUUCGUCCCAGAAACAGGUCCGAUUAUGGAAACUGAGGCUGACUUCGAGGCGGUCUGCGACGACUCCUUCAAGGGCUUUAAUAACUCCUUUGUCCUGGGAGCUGUGUAUGUCGUGCUGUACAAUCUGAGCUGGCUGUCGCUAUUUUGCGUGCACAAGAAGGUGAUGUUCGUCUUCUCCCUGGUGGCCGCCUCCACAUUUGGCUUUCUGCUUAUCGUUGUCACCGAUCCCACGAUGCAACUCUUUUCGCUGGUGUUCCUGCUCGCCUUUCCCGGCGUUACAAUUGGUCUGCUUGGAGGUGCCCUCUUGCGCUUUGUGCCCACCUACAUUCGCGCCAAGGCUCUGUGCAUCAGCCUGAUGUGGUGUCGAUGUGGAGCAGCCGUUGGCGCAAUCCUGGUCGGCUCCAACAUACAGGAUCAUUGCGAGCUGUUCCUGCUGGCGAUCGCAAUUCUACCUCUGAUUGCCGCUUGUAUGGAGGGGUACUUGCCAUUGUAACUUCUGUGUUUUUAUUUUUAUAAGAUAAAUCUUCAUAUUUUAAUCAACAUA